CUUAACUCGAACUCUUACUGCUCCUCUUCUUCUUCUUCACCCCUUACUCUGACUCCAUCCUCCUCAACUCGGACUCCAUCGUCCUCAAAUCUGCCUCCAUCAUCCUCAACUCUGACUCUGUCACCCUCAAAUCUCACUCCUUCACCUUCAAAUAUGACUCCAUCCUCCUCAACUCUGGCUCCAUCACCCUCAAAUCUCACUCUGUCACCUUCAAAUAGGACUCCAUCCUCUUCAACUCUGACUCCAUCCUCCUCAACUCGGACUCCAUCCUCCUCAACUCGGACUCCAUCCUCUUCAACUCGGACUCCAUCCUCCUCAAGUCGGACUCCAUCGUCCUCAAUUCUGCCUCCAUCAUCCUCAACUCUGACUCAAUCAUCCUCAACUCUGACUCAAUCAUCCUCAACUCUGACUCCAUCACCCUCAAAUCUCACUCUGUCACCUUCAAAUAGGACUCCAUCCUCUUCAACUCUGACUCCAUCCUCCUCAACUCGGACUCCAUCCUCUUCAACUCGGACUCCAUCCUCUUCAACUUGGACUCCAUCCUCCUCAAGUCAGACUCCAUCGUCCUCAAAUCUGCCUCCAUCAUCCUCAACUCUGACUCAAUCAUCCUCAACUCUGACUCAAUCAUCCUCAACUCUGACUCCAUCACCCUCAAAUCUCACUCUGUCACCUUCAAAUAGGACUCCAUCCUCUUCAACUCGGACUCCAUCCUCCUCAACUCGGACUCCAUCCUCUUCAACUCGGACUCCAUCCUCCUCAAGUCAGACUCCAUUGUCCUCAAAUCUGCCUCCAUCAUCCUCAACUCUGACUCCAUCACCCUCAAAUCUCACUCUGUCACCUUCAAAUAGGACUCCAUCCUCUUCAACUCUGACUCCAUCCUCCUCAACUCGGACUCCAUCCUCCUCAACUUGGACUCCAUCCUCCUCAACUCGGACUCCAUCAUCCUCAACUCGGACUCCAUCAUCCUCAACUCGGACUCCAUCAUCCUCAAAUCUGACUCCAUCAUCCUCAACUCUGACUCCAUCACCCUCAAAUCUCACUCCGUCACCUUCAAAUAUGACUCCAUCCUCCUCAAAUCUGAAUGUGAUGCCAAUAUUGGGAUUUCAGUUAUUUCUUUGA